AUGGCGACACCGAUAUUAGCGAUCGCACCAGCGUGGAACAAGCCACCCAUAUCCAUCGAUGCUAGCAAUAAUGGCUGCUAUCCAUCACAGCACAGCGUCAAAAUAAUGCCAUAUACCUGUCAAGCCUGUAUUAAGAGGAAAGUCAAAUGCGACCGUGCUAUUCCUACAUGUUCGAGCUGCAGCAAAGGCAAGGCUGAAUGUAUCUACCGGGAACCGACACCACGAACGAGGAAGCGAAAGCGUGAGCCCAGUGACAAUGUUCAGGAUCGUCUGGCACGGUAUGAGAAGAUACUACAGGAUAAUGGUCUUCUAGCCACUGAGAUAGAAUCGUCACCUCGGAGUGUGCAAGAACCAACUCCUCUUCGUGCUUCGAGCCAUACCGACGCAACAAAGACCGGAAAGCUUAUCUCUGGCGAUGGAAAAUCUAGAUAUGUUGAUAGCACGCUCUGGCUCAAUUCUGGCGAGACCAACAUGAGGGAGAUUUCAGACGAUGAGGAGAAUUGCCAACCCGCCCCUACAGGCGCUGGGCCAUUGUCUCAAGAUCCGAUCUCAGGCGCACUUCUAGGCCUUUCACAGGGACUGGUUCACAAUCAUCCUACACACCAGGAGGCCAUGCAAUUGUGGGCAGCGUACAUCAACAAUGUCGAGCCUCUCUGCAAAGUCCUGCAUAUCCCAACGACGGGGAAAAUGAUCGAAGCCGUCUCACGACAACCAAACACCGCUUCCAAGGCACAGGAGUGUCUGCUCUUCUCCAUCUAUUAUUUUGCAGUCUUCUCUAUGGCCGAUGAGGAUUGUGUCUCUAGCUUUGGGCAGUCUCGGAGUACGUUGAUGGCUAAAUAUCAGUUUGCACUACGACAGUCACUUGUCAAUGCCUCCUGGCUAAAGACUACAGAAAUGCCGGUUAUGCAGGCAUAUGUACUGUUUCUCAUUGCGAUGCGCACGCAAAUGGAUCCUCACACGUUCUGGAUAUGGACCGGCGUUGCGAUCCGCAUCGCGCAGCGCAUGGGACUUCAUCGCGAUGGGGAAGCUCUCGGACUGUCUGCCUUUGAUGUUCAGAUGCGCCGACGGCUCUUCUGGCAGAUUCUACCCCUUGACGGCUAUGCUGGCCAGGUCUCAGGUACCGGUAUCUCUGUGGCCCCCGAUAGCUGGGACAUCAAGCAACCUCUCAAUAUCAAUGAUGAUCAGAUCUAUCCCGGCAUGACGCAUCAACCUGAAGAACAGAAAGGAGCAUCGGAAAUGCUUUUCUGUCUCACCAAGACCGAACUAUCGAACUUCUACACCCGCACAGGGGUUCGGAAGAAGAAAGUGGGGGCGACUAUCCAGUUUCGCGACAGCGCUGAAAUCGAGAAACUGAUCGACGAGGUCGAAAGCACGAUCGAGUCAAGAUACCUUCGAUACUGCGAUAUCGUGAAUCCCGUUCACGUUCUCACGAUGGGAAUCGUAAGGUCUGCCGCAAAUGCCGUCCGACUCCGAAACAGGAUGAUUACCGGAGAGAAUGAACGCAGGGAACUCUGUGCUCUUGCCCAGAAGAUUAUUGAAACUGAUAACGCCUUGUACAAAAACCCAAACACGAAACAAUUUCAAUGGUACUAUAAGGCGUUCUUUCUUUGGGAUGCGCUCAUCUGUAUCUUAACCAGCCUUGGAAAGAUUGGGUUCUUUUCCCGUGCAGAGUUGGAUACCACCUGGCGGAAGGUCUCCGACGUGUACUCCAACCACCCGGAAAUUCUAGAAGCCAAGCACGUGCAUCUCGUUGCGGUGGGCAAAGCGACACUUGAGGCUUGGGCUCUGAAUCCACCUGGUAAUUCAACCCCCGAGCCUGAUUUUAUCACGGCGUUACAAUCGCAGCGAAGGGAAAAGGUCGUGCGGCAGAAGGUAGAGGAUACCACUGCCCAGGAUGAUGUAUCUUCAUUCGACAUGCUUAUCGGGGGCUUCGAUGGCAUGGAACGAAAUUUGGAGUAUGACUUUAAUCUAGAUGGUAUGGACUGGAUGUUUUGGGAGCAGUUGUGAUCAACUUGAAGCACUCUACUUUUUCUUUUCUCCAAUAACCUCUUGCUUCAUAACCUCAGAAACAAACACUUUUUGCACAUGACGAAACUCGGCCGUAUCUUUAGAUCUAGACCGGAUCAUGAAUCUUAUGUUGACAUUGAAGUUAGGAAAACUGCCUCG